UGCCGUCUCCUCCCCCUCCCGCCUUCCUUUCCCCUGGUUAUGGCGUCCCCGGCCCUGACCUUCGUCCGGAGGCUGUGCUGGCGGCUGCCCUGCGGGACGAGGAUCUACUAAUGUUUAAAAGAAAACUUGUACUAAGUAAAUGGAAGAUAGAUUUCAGAGUAUACAACUUGCGAAGUCCCCAGUGACUGGUCUUGCAGGAGAGCACAGGCGUUUGUCAUGGACUCUGACUGCACUGUCAAGUUGUGACUCAUCUUCCUUCUGUCUCUCUGGUGGGAGCUGGCUUUUUACCCAGCUGGGGGAGGUUGCCCAGCCCUCACCACUCUUCUGUGGGUGCCUCUGCAGUGAAGGCCAACACAAGCUGUUUGCGUUCCAGCGAUUCACCUGCACAUGACUGCAGCCACCAUGCAGGUCAGCCAGAAGGACUUCCAGAAGGCUCAAGAACAGCUGAAGCUUUUGAAAAAAGAUCCUGGGAAUGAAACUAAGUUGAAACUCUAUGCCCUGUUUAAACAGGCUACUGAAGGUCCCUGCAAUGCUCCAAAACCAGGUAUGCUGGACUUCGUCAAGAAAGCCAAGUGGGACGCAUGGAACUCUCUUGGCAAUUUGUCUCAGGAUGAUGCUAGACAGAAAUAUGCUGAACUUGUCUCAAGUCUAGUCUCUGCAGAAUCUGCUAGCCAGAAGGAAAAGGCUCCUCCAGAAGAGGGCAGACACGAUGGCUAUGAAACAUUAAUAGUUACUACCAAAAACAAUAUCACAAAGAUAAUGUUUAACCGACCUGAUAGGAAAAAUGCCAUCAACCAUCAGAUGUACAGAGAAAUCAUCAAAGCGCUUGAAGAAGCUGGAAAAAAUGACUCCACCAUAGCAGUUAUUACUGGAAAUGGAGACUACUACAGUAGUGGAAAUGAUCUGAAUAAUUUCACUAAUGUCCAGCCUGGUGAAAUGGAGAAGAUGGCAAAAGAUGGAGCAGUAUUACUCAAAGAGUUUGUGGCUCAUUUUAUUGAUUUUCCUAAACCACUGAUUGCAGUGGUAAAUGGCCCAGCUAUUGGAAUCUGUGUAACAGUGCUUGCUUUGUGUGACGUUGUUUAUGCUUCUGACAGGGCUACAUUUCACAGCCCAUUUAGUCAACUUGGGCAGAGCCCAGAAGGAUGUUCCUCUUACCUGUUCCCAAAAAUUAUGGGCUUGGCCAAGGCAAGUGAGAUGUUGCUUUUCAAUAAAAAGCUGACUGCAGCAGAAGCCUGUGCCCAGGGACUUGUGACUGAAGUCUUCCCUGACACCAGUUUUCAGAAGGAAGUUUGGGCGAGAUUAGAAGCUUAUGCAAGCCUCCCAAAAAAUUCCUUGGCAGUGUCCAAGCAGCUGUUACGAAGUAUGGAGAAGGAGAAGCUCCAUGCAGUCAACAGUAGAGAGUGUGAAGUGCUGACGGAGAGGUGGUUGUCUGAUGAGUGUGUAAAUGCUAUUGCCAGCUUCUUCCAGAAGAAAUCAAAACUCUGACCUUCACCAGUAGAGUAAUUCACCAUCUGGCAGUAGCCUAAUCUGCCCUUAUCAUUAAUAAACUUCCUCUUCAAAUAGUAAUUCUUAUACCUUUUCAUAUGGUGUAUCUGUGUUCUGAGUACUAGGUUAAACCUGGUUCCCAAAAUUAAUACACUGUUAUGUGCCUUGGAUCCAUUAUGGAUGUUGGGGAAAAAGCUUCAUUAUUCUGUAGGCAUCAGUGAUGUUUCUGAAUAAUACUAAAGCAGAUUGUCUUCUAAAGGAAGCAAGAGAUUCUAUAGCACUCUAUCUCUCUUUUGAUAACUCUUCAAUAAAUAUCUUAUUAAUUAUUCUUUUUAUUUGUCUGGGGGAAAUGAAACACUGUAUUAAUGAAAAAAUAAAUAGAAAUAUUUAAUUAC